GUAGCGGCCGUGAAGUAUUCUGAUUAAAUACAUUGAAUUGAUAUUGAUUUUAAAUGAACUAAACAAGUGCUCUCUAUAAUUCUACAGAGAAACAUUCUGAAAUUCUAUUUAUUUUUCUAUUAAUAUAUUAUUCCAUUUACAUAUAUUGACGAAAGAUGCUUAUUUUACACGCUGACGAAGUAAAGUAAAAUUUGUACGGAUAGGUUUCCGUAAUAUUUAAGUUAUAUCUGAAAUAGAAUAAUAUAAACAUGUCCUGGCCAAGCUGGAAUCAAAUGUCGAUGCCCAUGGGCACAGGAACGAUGCAGCAGACUCAGAUGACUCAAAUGCAACAACAGUAUAUGGAACAAGCAAAUAUGAUGCAAAAUUAUAUGAAUCCUGCCAUGCAAACUCAAUACAACAUGCAAGGAUACACUCCGCAACAAUGGGCUGCAUUCAACAAUGGCAACAGUGGCAGCAGAUGAGUGCUGAUGCAAAUGCAACUUCUAAGGUAACAGCACCUCCUUUGCCAGUUCAGCCUCCGUUGCCUGUAGAACCACCACCCCCUGAUGCUUUAGCAACGCCUGCAAAUGCCACUUCACAAGCCAGUGCUGCUAUCACAUCUGCAUACUCAGCUAUGGUCGGCUCUGCUUCAAACUAUGGUGUUCCACCACCACAGAUGGCAGGAAGUACUGCACAAAACAUGUACAACUAUCACACAGGAUAUGGGUAUGAUCAAUCUCAAACCCAAGCCUCCGUUCCAACUCCAACGGCCUACACUCAACCUAAUCUUUUAGGGAAUAGUUCAUGGACUCCUGGAACACAAGUGAAAGAUGCAUCUAACACCAAUUAUUCAAUUCCCAAUGUGAGUGUGCCACCUCCCAUGGCUGGAAAUACUAUUGCUUCCAAGCCAGGUUUAAAAAGAACUGCUGCUCCUGUUGAUGAAAGUAUUGAGAGCAAAAAGGCCAAGUCUGAAGCACUACACCAACAGCAACUAGAUGAAGAAAAUGAAUUUGAUAUUCAGUUUCAAAAGUGGGAAUCAGAUUUUAAUACUUGGCGUGAACAAAAUGCAAACCAUCCAGAUAAGAAAGCAUAUCGUGAAUAUGAAUUGAAGUUUUUAGCAUGUAGAAAUAAAUUACUGGAAAGGCGAGAACAAAUGAGAGCAAAGCGCCAGCAAGCAGAAAAGAUGAUGCUUCAAGCUCAAGCAGCUGAGAUGGCUGAACUUGCAAACAACCAAUCUUUAUUGGCAGAAUCAGGCCAAAUAAAUAAUAAAAAUGAGUUACAACAGGUUGGAAAUCAACCAAAUGUAGAUCCUUCUCGAACCAUUCCAACGGGUUAUGUGCCAUAUAUAACUAGUUAUCAUCAAGAUGGGCAAGAUCCAACAAACCAAGGCAAUAACAGUUCACAAAUAUCCUUUUUAUCCAAUAAUUCCAACUCCGCAGGUUUUCUAAGUAGUGGGGAUAAAAAGGGUAUACCUGGUUUAGAUUUAGUUCCUGAAGAAGAAUCCACUUCUAAUGCACUUAAUUCAUUGAAUAAAAGUAAAACUAAUGAAGUAAUUGAAAUAAAUGAUGAUCCAGAGCCUGUGAACACAGAACAAUCAGAAUUACAACAGAAAAAAGAUGAUUAUAAUGAUGCUAUUUCUAGUGGUAUUAAUGCUAUAUUAGCUGAUCAAAAAUUGCUUUCCAUGCUUUCAAUUGUUACUAAAUGUCAGAAUAAAUCGGAGAUUGGUCAACUGAUAGCUUCUAAUAAAACUUUAUAUGAUGAAUUGAGUAAAAAUAUCCAGGAAACAAAUCAAGAAACAAAUGCUAAACAAGGCGAUCUCAAUAUCAAUACAUACCAGCAAUCUAAUAAUGCUAGUUCAAAUCAGCAAUCUAUUGAUUCAAAUACAUUACAAGAUGAAUAUUCAAAUCAGAGUCAAAAUGAUUGGAGAAGUGAUAGAUCAGAUAACUAUGCAGAUCCCUAUGCAAGUACGGAACAACAAUAUGAGUCACAACAAAUUCAACAACCUGUAUCAGAAGGAUCAAGAAAUGACUGUAUUCAAGAUGCACCAUUAAAUCCAUAUGGUCGACCAAGUUCAGAUAACUCUGAUCCUUCAUCAUUAUUCGGCGGGCAGUCAAAUUAUAUUCCAAAGCAAAAGUUUAUCAGAGAUAUGUUCAAUAUUAACACAAAAGCACAAUCAGUUGGUGAAGAUAAAAAAUCUACAGAUAAAGAUAAUUCUUCAAGUUUCUUGAAUAAGUUUAAUAAUAGAUUGUUUGGUAAACAAAAUUUAAAUAAUGACAGAUCUCAGUAUGGUGACUUGAAUGAAAGACAGCCAUUUGGAUCUCUGAAUCCAAAUGAUCGAUUAGGCAAUACUGGUUUGGGGAGUAUUCGACCUCUGCUUGGUGAUAGAUCACAAUUUGGCAGCGGCAGAUCUCAAGUCAAUUUAAUGAAUGUAGAUAAUGAAAGAUUGCCAUUUGAUUCGAUUAAACUUGACAAAGAAAGAUCAGAUUUUAAUACAACAAAUUUAGAUGACGAUAGAACCCAAUUAGGUUCAAUCAAUUCUCAAAAUGAGAGAAUGCAGUACGGUUCCAUGAAUCCAAACAAUGAAAGAUUCUCUGGAUCAAACCCUGGAAGAUCUAUAUUUGAUUCUACAAAUCUUCCUAACAAACCAUCAGAAUUUGCUUUACAAAAGGAUUUGAAUGAAAGAUCAGAGAUCGGUUUAGUAAACCAAAAACCUUUACCAUCACUGAUGGAUCAACAAGUUUUUAAACCAGAUGAUAUGAUUUCUGUAACUGAUAUUCCAAAUUUGAUGGAUUUAACUCCACGACAAAUAUAUGAAAUAAUCAGCGGAAACAUGCCUAAUCCUAAACGUUUCUUGAAUUGGAAUCCAAACCCAGAUCCAGAAAGCGAUUUUGUUGUGCCACUGAAUGUUGUUGACCAUAGGCACAAACCAUCAGAAAUUGAGCUUUCAUCAUUUAAUGAUGUACUUCAAACAUAUGAUUACAAUCACAAGCCAGCCAGCAAUAUUACACCUCAAACAGAAUCUGUUUGUAACAAGGAGUCUGAUGAAAUUCAGAAAACACAUUCUGAAAAUCCUAUGAUCGAUCAUGCUGCAUCUAACAGAUUUGAAAAUUUACGAAAUCGACCAAGUAGGUUUAGUGAUAUAGAUGAUAGAUCAAAGCAUAUUGAACCAAGAUUAUCUCGAUUUUCAAAUGAAAACAGACCAUCUGAUCAGAAUAGAUCACCUUUUAAACCCGAGGAAAAAAAUAUAUUGGAUGACGAUGUUAGAAAAAGCGAAGUUGAUAGAAGGGAUAGAAAUAGAUCGGAUAGAUUUUAUCGAAACGAUAAAUCAAGAGAGGCAGACAGGUCACGCGAUUCUGAUAGAUUUCGGGAUAGCGACAGGCAUCGAGAUCUUGAUAGAUCUCGUGAUAUCGAUAGAUUUCGUGAUGGUGACAGGUCACGAGAUGGUGAUAGGCCACGAGAUGGCGACAGAUCCCGAGAUGCAUUUAGAUCUCGCGAUUCAGAUAGAUUUCGGGAUCAGGAUAGAUCUCGCGAUCAAGAUAGAUCUCGCGAUCAGGAUAGAUCUCGCGACCAGGAUAGAUCCCGCGAUCAGGACAGAUUUCGAGAUCAGGAUAAAUCUCGCGAUCAGAAUAGAUCUCGCGAACAAAAUAGGGCCGCAGAACAAGACAAACCUUGUGAUUCUCGUGGCUCGGACAAAACCAUUUCAGAUCAAAAUAAAAUUGGUAAAGACCAAUUUGGUAGAGAUAUAAGUGCAAGGUAUAACAAUAAAAAUGAUGACGACAAAAUGGUUGUUUCAAAUACCGAACCUGCACAUACAAAUAAAUCCGAUCCCAUCGUAAUUCUAAUAGAUGACAUAUUACUCAAACCUGGAAGAGAACAUAGGCCUUUAUCCAUUGUUAUUAUUUUGCGUGGAUUGCCAGGCUCAGGAAAAACUCAUUUAGCAAAAAUGAUUAAAGAAACAGAACAGCAACAAGGAGGACCUGCACCAAGAAUUUUAAGUUUGGAUGAUUAUUUUACUGUGGAGAAAGAAUUCCCUGUUGAAGGAGCUAGAAAGGGAACUGCGAAAAUAGAAAUGAAAUACGAGUAUGAUGCUACAAUGGAAAAAUCAUAUAGAGAUUCAUUGAUCAAAUCAUUCAAGAAGACUAUUAUUGAUGGUUUCUUCAAUUUUGUUAUUGUAGAUUGUAUAAAUAACGAAUUAAAACAUUACGAAGAAAUGUGGUUAUUUGCAAAGCAAAAGAACUGGCAGGUUUAUAUUUGCCAAUUAGAAUUGGAUUUGCAAUAUGCUCUGAAACACAAUAUUCAUGAACGUUCUGAGGAAGACAUCUCUAAUAUGAUUAAAAAUUGGGAGCCUACACCAAAGGAGCAAACUCAACUUGAUGCUACUUCCAUGUUACAAAGAGCUUCUAUAAAUGAAGUUGAAAUGGAAGAUGCUUUUGAGGAACUAAGUGAUAACGAUGAUAUUUUGCAUGACGAUGGUAACAAUGGCGAUGAAGGCAAUGACGAUGAAGAUGAUGAGAUUUCUCAGGAUAACAUCUUUAGGAGCAAAUGGGAUAACACUGAUCAGAAUGAUGACCAUUUAGCCCGCCUCGACGGAACCAGUAAACCGCUUCGUCACCAAACCAUGGAAGAAUACCUCGCAGCUGAUUGGGAACCAAACACAAGCACUUCCGGGAAAAAGAGAGUGCGUUGGGCCGACAUAGAGGAGAAACGUGCUCAAGAGAAAAUGCGUGAUCGUGGUUUUGUAGUUGGCCAGACAGACUGGAAUAGAAUGAUGGAUCCUACAAGCGGUCAGUCUGCUCUAACUCAGACCAAAUAUAUUGAACGCGUCAAUAAAUCUAUUUUCUAAAGAUCACAUGCCAUGUCUCAUUCAACCAUGCACGAGAUCUAUCAAGAUACUAUUGGCUGAUAUUCGAGUUGUUGAGUCAUAGGAGCCUCAGUUGCUGCCGAGGAUGAAACCGUUCCAAGAAUCCCAGAAGUUCAAAAAGGACAGGAAAUAUGAUCGAGAUCAAAGACAUAACGACAGUGAUUUCGUUUCUUCUCCACCAA